CAACACCAAUCCUACGGUGAGAAAGUAUUGAAAACGAAACAGCGGACCAUUGUCCGUCGCCCCGCACCGGCGCACGAUCGGAGGAAAGAGGGGGCAUCUUUUUUCCAGGAACCGUCGCUAUCGUGCGCUGCACCACGAUUUCCUGCCAAAUCGCCGCCCUACACACGAGCCCGUCGCGCUUCCCUGUCCACCGUCGUCGGUGCCGCGCGAGCCCGGCGCCGCUGGAGCCUGCCCGAUGCCGCCGCUGCGCGAGCCCGUGCACUUCGUUGCCAUCGCCAUCGCCGGCCUUGCCCAUCGUCGCCGUAGCCAGCUGCGGCCGUCGGCGCCACUGCUCUGCGACGCAUUGUCCCCGUCAUCGUUCGCGCCCAACCGUCACCUGUCCGUCCCAUCGUCCCCGGCAGCCCUGCCCGCCAUCGCGUGUGCGGCGCAUCAAGCACGCCAUCGACGACCACGAAACGCCUCCGGCCUCACCCCGUCGUCGCGCAACCCCGCCCCACUUCCAUCCGCAGCUGAACAAGUCCCCUCCGGCAGAGACUCGCGUCGCCUGUCCGCGAUCCGCCCCAUCGUAGCCGGAAGACCCGCCCGUCCACGCGUGGACGAGUCAAUGAGAACGCCGUCGAUGACCACCUACACGCCGCUGGACUCGCCCUAUCGUCGCGUGACCCUGCCUUCCAUAGUUCCAUCCGCAGCUGAGCAAGUCCCCGCCGGCAGAGAGACUCUCCGCCCAGUGCUUCCUCGCCAGUGCAAGCAGGCGAAACAAAGAUGGCGUACUCUACUGUUGGAAGAGGUUCGGCUGAAAUUAUUGAACUGCCAAAUGGCUUUGAAAAUGCCACUGGAAAUAUUUUUAUUGUCAGAAGACAAUGAACUGAAGACUAUUUCUCUCCAGUGAAGUUGAUGGCAUGGAUGAAACAUGUACAAAUAGCAUAUGCCGGCAGUAAGUUCCAAUAUACUGUCAAUAGAUAUGCCAACCAGUGGAAAGACAUCCCGAUAAAUAGAAAUUUAUUCUUUACAGAAACAAACUCAUACUGAACCAAUGCCGAAGAAAACCUGGAAAGCCUCCCUGGACAAUUUUGUUAAGAUGCUGCCUUCUUAGAGGUGUGAUAAUAUUGUAAACUUUAUGCAGUACCAUGUGUGAUCUUUGUUGAUAGCAACCAGGUUUUUUCAUGUCUUGUAUCAUUGUUCGAUAUGUGCUUGAAAUAUGUGUUUGCAUAUUUGUUGCACAGAGUGAUAUUUGUCGACAUCAAUAUUAGCAUGAAACUGAAUAAUAUAUAUAUUUA